AUGGCACCGAAACGAAAGAAAACGGGAUUUCAACCGUCCUCUUCUUUUAAUGAGAUUGUGCCUGAGAUUGAAGAUGAGAUUGUUGAAGCGUACGCUGAGCAAUUAGGGGACGACGACACCGAUCUUCAUCUAGACAAAUUACCCCAUGUAUUGGACAAGUUGAACAUACCCGACUGUUUCACUGGUGAUAUAAAGACAGCUGUGGACUAUUACUACCAAUUCAUGCAUAACCGAAGCUACAAUAUUGACGACGUUAAUAUGAAACAACGAAACACGCGAGAGGUGAUUUUUGCAUUCACAAUUACAACAUCUACACAAACCGCAGACGAUACAUCCGAUAUCAUUGACAUCGACAAACUAAUACGGCAUCUAAAUAUGCUAGUCAAGUUUCGGAAUAAUUAUCGACAUAUAGUAUCCACAUGGAAGAUGCUCAUUCAAGAGUCGAGUGAAUCAAAUUGUCCCAACACCGACCCCAUAAACAUUGAAACUUUCCAAAUGACACUCCCCACUUUGAAAAACGUCAAGACCUCAUUGAAUUUGGAUAACGAUUCUCAUACUAAAACACCGUUGAACGAUGGCUUCUUGAUUGAUAUGUUGGGAUGUUGCCAGCAUGAUGAAAAAGAGCAUUUGAUAAACUACUCAUUCGAUAAACAAGGUGCAUCCAUCAUGAUUAAGGAUUUUGCUGUCAUAUUGGGCAAGCUUGGGGAGCUUGAUGAGGAGGAUGUGUAG